CCUCACCUUCUCCCCGCCUCGCGAGGCCGUAAUUUGUCCGGUCGCGCUAGGGUUUUGCUUCUGGCUGCCGUGGCGGUCGAGUCCCCGGCGGCUAGAUAGGAUAAUGUUGUUGAAAGAUGAUGAUGCGAAUGCCGCCAUUGUUCCUUAGCCGCACCAGUUUGCAGCGCACCAGGGGGAAAUGCCCCUUGUUAGCUAGCGUAAUUUAAUUUAAUUUUCCUCCUGCGCUUGUGUGGAGCACUACGAUGGUGGGCUGUCUUGUUAUUAUUAUGCUGUAUGUAUGUAAUCUAGCCAAUUAAGUGUAAAAUUAGGUGUAUACUGUAAUUGUUCUAUGAAUUAUGAAAACAAAAAAUUGUUCUCUGAGACUCUGAGUUAUGAAAGCAAGAAUUGUUCUCUGAAUUGGGGUGGGGGGCCUGUUGGCAUAAUUUUCUUUCUGCACUUGUGUGGAACAGUGCUAUGAUUGUCUUGUUAAUUUGGUGUCACCUCUCCCAUUCUAGUCAAUCAAUUGUAAACUUUGGUGUGUAUACUAGUUGUUCUCCGAAUUAUGAAAUCUUUUUGUGCGAUUGUGGUCUUGUGGACUUGCGCAAUUAAGUGUAAAAUUAGGUGUACGCUGCGAUUUUCCUCUGAAUUAUGAAAACAGAAAUUGCUCUCUGAAUCGGGGAGGAUUUCUGCACUUGUGUGGAACAGUAUGAUGGUGAGUCAUCUUAUUAUUAUGCUGUAUGUAUGUAGACUAGUACUAUGAUUGUCUUGUUAAUUUGGUGUCAGCUUUCGUAUUCUAGUCGAUUAAGUGUAAAAUCUGGUGUAUACGGCAGUUAUUCUCUGCAUUAAAUAAUCUUUUUUUGCGGUUGUGGUCUUUUGGACUGUUCAAAGGGAAAGGCGAGUUAUCCAGACUUUGGCCAAAACAAGUGCUUGCACGGGGCACAUCUUACGAUCAGAUCACUAUUCUUUUUGUCAAGUCUAAUUGACUGUGUGUCCAGGACGUGAACAAGUCCCUCGACAUGAGUGGAAUUGGGAAGCCUUUAGGGUACCCUCCAACCCUCUUUAGUUCGAUCAAGUCAACUGAAUUUCCGAAAUCACAAAUAUACUUCAUUUGAUUGAACCAAGGAGGGAUGAAGGGUACUCUAAAGCUCACCACUUUGCAUGAUUGCAUCCCUGCUGGACUUAGUGAGGUUCCUGUCCAUAUAUACAACACAUGUACUGUAAAGAGCCUCGACGACCCAAGGGUGAUCUUCUCUUUCGACAUGGGUUAUGGCCUUGGUGUGCUGCACAUCGCAGCCGCCGGAGGGCAUCUUGAGGUUUGCAAAUACUUGGUGGAGGAACUCGGGGGAGAUGUGAAUGCUCCUGCUCCUGGAGUAGUAGACUUUGCAGGCGUGACACCCUUUAUGUUAUCUGCUCAGUCUGGCGAUGUUUCUACUGUGAAGUAUUUGCUUGAUCAUGGUGGUGAUCUAAUAAAAGCAGAUGCUAAAGGACGCACAGUUCUCCACCAUGCGGCAGGCAUAGGAAGCUGUAAGGUUACUGAGUUCCUACUCUCAAAAGGAGUACCCGUUGACAUAGACUGUGGCCGUGGUACACCACUCCAUCAAGCUGCUACCAAUGAACAUGAUAAAACAGUGAAGAUUUUGUUGGAACACCAUGCAGAUCCAAACACCACUGUCAUCGGAAUGGGUACUGCCCUGAUGGGUGCUUUAUUGUAUCGUUCUUUGAAGUGCAUGAAGCUGCUGAUUAAGGCCAGUAUUCUAUUUUCUAUAUCUUUUCAUUGCUUUGUUCCGAUUUUGCUUAAUCUACCAUCUCUGCCAUGCUUUUGUGUCGGUCUACAUGGAGAGGGAGCCGUGAAACAUUCUAUUCCACAAUCCUUUUUACAGGCUGGUGCUGAUGUCAAUCGAGGGGGCUCCCUUCCGAUGACUCCAUUAGUGUUCACUACAGGGUGGGGAGGCUAUACCAACUUUGUGAAGUUUCUGUUAAAGGCAGGAGCGGAUCCUAAUAUUCCUGAUGUUUAUGGUAGGUUACCGAUAGAGCUUGCUGCUAGACGUGACUGCAAGGAAGAAGUUGAAAUGUUGUUUCCUUUGACAUCCCCAAUUCCAACCAUCCCAAACUGGAGUAUAGAUGGAAUCAUCUCGCAUGCAAAAUUGGAAAGUGCAAAGCCACUGGGUGGAAGGCACCUUGAACAAACAAAAGCUGUACUCAAGUCGCAUGCAGAUCAGGCAUUCAGGCUCAAGGACUAUAAGUUGGCAUCAAAAGCAUAUGGUGUGGCAAUAGAUGCCGCGCCGACUGCAACAUUGUACGCGAACAGGAGUCUUUGCAAACUGCUGCUGGAUGAUGGUGAAGGUGCUCUGUCAGAUGCUCUCAGAUGCAGAAUGCUGCGACCUAACUGGGUGAAAGCUUGCUACCGUCAGGCUGCAGCUCACAUGCUACUCAAAGAGUAUAAGCAAGCUUGUGAUGCUCUCCUGGACGCUCAAAAGUUGGAUCCUGGAAACGUAGAGGUCGAGAGAGAGCUACGGAAGGCCAGGGAAUUAAUGAAAGCUCACGGUGAGGCUGACAAGUGAAGCGUGCUUUGUUAGGGAAACACUCUUUUUUGGCUUGGAUUAGAGUAGUUGAUCAACUGAAUGUGAUGGUACUUAUGUGACCAGAAGAAGGCUGGUGGUACCUAACUUGGAUUAGAGUCGUUGAAUUUCUAUAGUUCUUACUACUGCUACUUGUUGACUGCAUGCUGAGAGGAUUUGGUGUGAAAAGGUGCUGUAAAACUUGUUGACUCGCAUCACAAGUUUUAUCUCUGUUCAAUAUUUGCUGAGUUUUCAGACAUCAGUAGAGAAGAAAAAGUGAAGCAGUACUA